GCCCGAUCUCACUUCUCAGACGCCUCCGUGCUCCACGCGUCUGCGUUCUGUCUCCUUCCCACCGACGCGUGAGCGCUCGCAGAGAGGUCGCCGUGGCCCCGUGCGUCAGGCUCAAGUCGCGCGCGUCCCUGCACGGGAGGAGCAUUUCAAGUACGAUGGGGACGAUUUUGUUUGAGACCUUGCUGGCAAUUUUCUCAUAUGGUUGGUUCUUUUCUAUUUUCCGGACGUCAGGCCAGGCCCACCUGUCUUGGGGUGCGGGGGGCGACCAGAUGCCCGCGCCGCGGCUCCGCCGACGGUUCCGUGGCGAGGCCGGCGCGGGCGACGAGGGGCCUUUGAAGGAGCUGGAGAACCCGAUGAACGUGCACCGCUGGCGGAAGCUCGAGGGGUCGGACCCCGCCAUGUACGAGCUCAUCCAGAAGGUGCGCACGCUGCAGAAGCGGCUCAUCGGCAAGACGGAGGAGGUGGUCGCGAAGGACGUGGAGAUCCAGGAGAAAGAGAGGCUGCACAGGGAGCUCACGCAGAUCUUGGAGAAGCAGCCCGGGCCCGAGGUAAUGGAACAGCUGGAGGUAUACCAGGAGAACUACGCCGCAAAGGUGAAGCAAAUGAAGGCAAUGCACUCCGAGCUGAGGACGUACCAGGCACAGGUGGGCGAUUACAAAGACGAGAUCGAGAGAAUUACCCGGGAGCUCUCGGAGACCAAGAGCAAGUACUUCGUCCAGAAGAAGAAGGAGCAGUCGGGCGACAGCAAAGUCUCGGCGCUGGAGCUGCAGGCAGACCUCGCGCGGUUCGACGCCCUGCUGGCCGACCUCCGGCGCGAGCACGAGGCCCUCGCGCAGCAGCUGCGCGACGCGGCCCCGCCGCGGGCCUCCCGCGCCGCGCUGCGGGCGGCGGCGGGCCCCCCGGCCGGCGGCGAGGGCUCGCGCGGGGCGGCCCCGGGCGUGCCCGUGCCCGAGCCGCGGGAGGACGCGGCUGCGGGCAAGAGCGGGGACGCGUGGGACCCCCCCAGCUCGGCGAAGGCGGCUUGGGAGUCCAAUCAUGUGGAGCCGUUCGCGCCUCGCGAUCCCACGCGCGCGUCGGACAAGCUGGGCGCCUCAGGAGCGCUGGCGGAGCAAACGGUGGAGGGCGGCGUCGACAAGUCUUUCCAUAAGUCCUUCAGCAGGUCCUUCAGCAAGAACCUCCAGCACUUCCAAGAACAGAUCACCCAUGGCAGCGAAAUCUUCACCAGUCCAGCGGUAACCGGAUCCGAGAAGAGGCAUUGUUGCUUGGAGUUUGUUUCCAGCCCGACGUUUGAGCUUGUGUGGUCGGUCGUCAUCCUCUUGAGCACCCUGGUGAUGGCCAUAGAAGCGCAGUAUGACGGUAUGGACGCUUCUUACCGCCACGAUCUUGGCCGACACCCGGCGGCCAAGCCAGCUAGUGAUGUGUGGCCAGGGGCCGACAAGGCAUUCGUCGUCGUCGACACGAUGUUCGGAGCGUUGUUUACGCUAGAGUUGGUCUGGCGGUUGGUCGCCCUUCGCAGGGAGCUGUUCCGGGAUGCUUGGUCUUGGAUCGACAUUUCUGCGGUUGUCUUCUGGUACCUGGAGCGGCUCUCGGACGCGUUCCUGCCGCUGGAUCCCAGAUUCAUACGUGUCACCCGAUUCGUUAGGUUACUGCGCCUAGUGAGGGUCAUCAGGUUCGUCAACGCCUUCGAGAAGCUGUACCUGAUGGUGGCCUCGAUUACCAGCAGCUUCUCCGCACUAGCCUGGUCUGCCGCCGUACUCUUCCUGCUAGAGAUGGUAUUUGCACUUUUGCUCAACAUUAUGCUGGAGGGCUUCUGGAACAACACCGACAACCCAAUCGAAGACCGCCAGGCGGUGUACCAGCGCUUCGGGACCUUCAGCAAGGCGCUGCUGUCCAUGUUCGAAAUGCUCCUCGGCAACUGGUACUCGAUCACGCACGAGCUCAUUCGGGUUAGCGAGUGGUACAUGAUAUUCGGCGUGGCGCACCAGCUGGCGUUUGGCUUCGCAGUGAUCGAGGUCAUGACAGGCGUGUUCCUCCACGAGACUUUCAAUGUUUUGUCGCUGGACGACAGCAUCAUGGCGAACGAGACGAAGCGCGCGAUUCAGAGCAACACCGCGAAGAUGAAGGUCUUUUUCCAGAACGCGGAUGCCAACGGCGACGGCUUCCUUGACAAGGAGGAGCUCGAGGAGGUCCUGCGGCGGGAGAAGGUACAGGAGUGGCUCUCCGCAAUGGGGCUCGAGAUCAAUGACUUGGUCAGCGCCUUCACAAUACUAGACAAGGACAAGGAUGGCCAGCUCAGUACCGAGGAGUUCGUGGAGGGGGCCUGGCAUCUGAAGGGCCACGCGAGGGCGAUCGAGGUAGCAGUCCUGCGGAACUUGCUCGAGGAGAUAAAGGCCAAGGUUGAGGUUCAGGGGCAGCGGCAGCUGGGACACGAGCGUCAUCCAGUUCAAUUGACCCACUCGUUUUAA